ACAUUUUAUAAGGAACUUUAUCGAUUAACGAAAUAUCCCAAGGUUUUAAAAGUGCAUCGAUAUGGCGUAGAUAAUCGUAAAAGAGAAAGAGGAGAGGACGGAGAAGGGGGAGGAAAAUGAGGAGAGUAAAGAGGUUGAAUCCGGCACGCGAACGACUCGAAAAGGAUCCCCCUAGCAACCUCUAUCGGCAAGAACGCCGGAGGGAUCUCUACGCCAAUGGGGCAUCUGGUGUUGCCUCGUAGCACAUGCCAUGCAUCUGCUCCAUCAAGCUUCAAAGAGUCUUCGAAGAGGCAGGUCGUGGGACAUAAUCCUGUCUGUUGGUCGAUCAACGAGAACGUUCUUUUGACUAGCAACGUUCUCGAAGGUCUCCUUUUUUUAUUGCACUGGAGCUCUUCAACGAAGUUCCAAGAGAAUAAGAAGGACCAGGGGGAGUGGACGGGUGGUUGACCGACACAGAGGGGAGCGAACAGCUGUCUUAGUCGAAUCGUCAGGUGGUAUACCGCCGACGCGUCGUCAGCUGCGGGGAAGCAAGAGAGAAAAGGUGUACGGCACGAGCGCUUUUCUAAUCUACGAUUUGUUCCUUUCUUCCGGGCAGCUGUUGAUGUUUUUCAAAAAUAAAAGGACCUUUUCCAUUCUUCUUCUUUCAUCAGUUUCAAGGGUCUACCACCUUUUAGCCUUUCAAAACUCUAAACAGCCUUUGAUCAUUUUCUUUACUUUGUUUUUCUUCAUUGAUCAUUAUUCAUUCUAAAUGUAUUAUUAUUUUUGGUACUUAAACAUUUGUUUUUCUUUUUGAUUAUUCCUUACAAUAUACUAUACUUUUUUCAUCUACUUCUCUCUCUCUCUCCCUCUCUCUCUCUCUCUCUCUCUCUCUCUCUCUCUCUAUCUCUAUCUCUAUCUCUCUCUCUCUCUCGUCUACUUUUAUCCAUUUUCGUAGAUUUUUAGCAAAAGAACGAAAGGUGUGCCGAUCUCCACCGUACGGUUAGUAGAAUCCUGGCAGAUGUAUACUUCCGGCAGCUGUAAGAGCCACGUUGUCGUGUGCCUUUAUGGUGCACGCGCCCUCGACCAUCUACCAUAUAACGAGACGGCACACCGCGAUCGGACAUUAAAAAUGGGCACAGCUGACGAAUUCUCUAAGAUGAUACCAGAAAUCGAGGGUGCUCAAUACAUUCCCACGCCAAUGACGAUACCUCCUUCAUCGACGAUUGCAUCGACACCAACAACGAUGGAAAUGGCGUCGGGCCCAAUCGAUUAUAGCUUGCCCAAAAGAUUGGAUCAGAUUGAUCGAUCUCCUAUAAAAGCUUGGAGCAGAUUGGAAUGGCUCUUAUCGGCGUUCAAGGCCAACGGGCAAAAGUGCAACAUGCAAACUGCUCUCGAAGCUACUUUUCGCGGUGACGAUCUUUUUUAUACAAGUCAAACUCGAUCCCAAGGAUACUCCCGAUUUCCCUCAUCGACGUCAUCCUCCGUAUCCUCUUCCAUGUCCUCCUUAUCGUCGUUCUCAUCCCCUUCGUCGUUUAAGUCAUCCAAAUUAUCGAGAUUAUCCAAAUCGAAUAGUUCAUCGUCUUAUUACCAAUCAGCAUCUUCCUCGCAAUCAUUCCAUUCCACGCGAUCAUCAUCUUCGUCAUUACCGUCAUUCUCGUCACUUUCAUCGUCCUCUUCUAAUCAAUCAGUUUCAAUAUUUAAUCGAAAUCAAAAAAACGAAUGCAAUUAUUCUUAUAGCGAUACGAACGAUACAGAAAAUAGAAAAGGCUAGCAAAAAUUUUGUUAAUAUUUGUAAGCUAUUACCGAAACAAAUACUGCAACAUGACCGUAUUAUGUUCAUCUAUUACGAAAUCCAAAGAAUAUAUUAAUUAAUAGCUGUAAAGGUUUUAACAAAAAAUACUCGUGAUUAAUGGGUAAAAUCGGAGAAGAAAAUAGAUUGAUGCGUCCUAUGAAAUCGAAAGGUUUAUCUAAUAUUUACAAUUAACAGACAAAUGAACAAUAGUAGUUAAUAGUCUCUUCGAAUAUUUGAUUUAUUUGUCUGAUGCAUCAUUUACUUCCCUAUGUAUCUAUACCAAAUUUAACUAUACUAGUCAGUAAUCCAUGUAAUGAGAUUGUGUUUCCUAGAAUAAAGAUAAACAUUAUUUAGAUAAUUACUUUAUAUCGUUAGGUCGAAAUAAUAUAAAAGACCAUGUAUGUUUGAUUAACCUUGAACGAUAAAUAUCUCGAGGGAAAUACUCGUAAAAAGAUAUAGAGUAGAUCUGAAAUAGAUAUGUUGAAUUACAUUAAAUGUCGACGAAAUGUCACGAUGGCAUUUAGUUAAAUUUAACAAAAUGAUUGUGUUCUCUUUAAGUUUAAUGUGCAAAAUAAUUUGUAAGAUAUUCGUUUAAAAGUGAAACGAUUUACAUGUAUGUGAAACGCGUUACAUGUACGAUUUAAUUCAUGUAUUUAUGUAUGUUAUAUUUAAUUUUGGAGUCGUGGACCAAAUAUAGAUCUAUAAAAAAAAAAAAAAAGAAAAAAAAAUACGAUGACGUACAUUGA